AUGAUGAACUACACAUUUGUUAAUGGACUCUUCCCUGUUUUCCCUGUCGAAGCCCACAAGCACAAUACAACCCAAUCACAGAGAGACAAUGAAAGAAUUGAGAAACGCAAGAUGAAGAACGGACUCAAGACAGAAUACAUAUAUGCAUACUUCAACAGACUUAUUGGCUCUCAUGUCACAUUCCCACUUCUUCUCUCCUUUGCCAAAAUCUUUGCCCAAGAUCUUCAGAUCUACAUUGAUCGUUUGGCCAAGCGAAACAGAUCGGCAUUACUUUGCUGGUAUGCCGAGAACUGGGAUUCAAUCAAACCCGCUCUCCACAGAGUCGUUAAAGAUCUUAACAUUCAAUCCAUUGUCGGCAACCAGGCCAGGCCAGCUACAAACGAAAUCGUUAUUUCUCAGGUCACAAACCAAAAAAUGUGCGAUCCUUCCGAUCUUUCUCAACUCCUUAAUUACCAUUAA